UUCUGACAUGUUGAGCUUCUGACAUUUAUUUUAAUUGGAAUUGGAGAUAUCUUACAAAAAAAUAUCAAUAACAUAGUUGUAUAAUAAGAAAAGAAAUUAUUGCUCGUGAUCUUAAAUUAAUUUGCUUAUACAUUUGUAAACUAAAAAAGAGAUGUCGGCAUUAUUCAGAUUAAAUGGUUCAGGAAACAUCCAAAACUUAUUAAGUUAUGCUUUACGUAACACUAGCCGUUCAAUAUCAAACUCUCCAAAAAACAGAGUCACAGCUGCUACUAUUAGUGACACAAUUGGUAAACACGCUAAAACCGAAACAAAUGUUUCAUCAGGUAAGCCAUGGAUGAGCUACGGCUUUAACCACAAGGACAAAACAACUGAUCGCGAUGCUUUGUAUUCUACAUUUUUCUUUUCGAUAACUUUGUGUAUUGUGUGGGGUACGUUUAUUUGGUCAUAUCUUCCGGACACUCAACUUAGAGAUUGGGCACAACGUGAAGGAUUUUUAGAAUUAAGACGAAGAGAGCAAGCCGGUUUAGAUUUAAUUAGUCCAAAUUAUGUAGAUCCAGCUACAAUUGAACUACCAACCGAUGAUGAAUUGGCUAAUACCGAAAUUAUUAUUUAAAAAUUUACGAUAAUUUAAACACAUUCAUUAUUAAUAAUGUGGUCUUGAAGCAAAAAUAAAAUAUUAAUUCGAUAUUUUAUAAAUGGAAUAUUA